GCGGUCCGUGACCCACGCGCUGGUUACCGACAAUCUCUAUCCACUUUGGAGGCAGCAAAGUCACUCAGCCUAUCUCUACGCAACACUUUAGGUUCUGAAGAAAACCGUCAAAGUACUCCGCUGCUUACAAAAUCCAGUUUGACGCUUGGCUUCGGAGAGAAGGACCCUGAG